AGAUCCUCAUCAUGCAGCGUCCAGCAGGGAGGACGGGGCUCGGCUCAGCACAAGGUCGGGGGAGGGUAAUUGUCCUGUCUACUGCCCUCUACAGCCUCAUCAGUGUUACUGCAGCCUCAUAUACACCGCAGAUUAUUAACCCCAAAAACGACUCAAUCAUCAAUAAGAAAGACGAAGGUCUAACCAUAUCCUGCAGUGCAAACACCACGUUUGAGAAGUUUCAUAAUGUCUACUGGUUGGUGAACGGAACAUUCGUGGAGGACGUGUACCCUGAUGGACGGGUAACCGAGAAGACUGGAAAGGUAACACCAGGGAAAUCCAAGAGACAUUUUACCGUGGUGCAGACAUUGGAGUUCACCAGGACUCAGGCUGAAGACUUCACGAAUACGUUCACCUGUGUGGUGCAGGAUCCGGCAGGAGCCGACAAGAAGAGGUUUAAGCUUAAGGCAGAUGACGAGAAACACGUCAGAAUAAUGUUAAUAAAAAACAGAAAACAACGAGAUCGGGACAUACACUAGAAACGACAUCCGUGCACUGGAACAAUUCAUUAAGUGCCGGGAACAACCACAAUCACAACAACUACUCAUGGAGAUCUCUGUGUGUUGGGAUAAUUAUAUAAAGAUAAAACAAUGACUUAAUAUCAUUGAUACCUCCAUGUUGGAUUUGACAAGAUUGUACGUCACUAGUUCCUGUAAAGCUUGGAGAUUCUUGUUAGUGUCUAACUUUUGCAGUGUUGUUUCCCAAAGCAGCGUGCCUCCAGCUGUUGCAAAACUACAGGAAAUAGUAGGGGUAUUCCAGGAAAAA